ACAGUACACAUGAUUCAGAAAAUUUAUCAUGCAUGCAAUCUCUGUAAUAAAAUGAAGGAGUAUAAUCAAUAUUUAUUCAAGUCUGAGUCGUUACGCAAUAACUGUGCCAGCAAAGUUUAUUUUGUUGUCGGUGAAUACGCUGACACUGUGGUUAACUUCAACAAUGUAAGACAGUAAUAUCGUUGUAAAGGCACGCAUGUUGUUUUGAGAAGCAGACAAGGAUGAUUGCAAGUCGUAUUGUCAAGAGCAAGGCAGUGUGUAGCAGACUUCCAUUUGAAGUUUUCCAGCAAAGAUGUUUGUCUUCUGUCAUCUCGGAUUCGUCUUCCCUAAAGAGCAGAUACGAUGCCAUUGUUAUCGGAGCCGGACACAACGGACUAAUAUCGGCGACAUACUUAGCAAUGAAAGGUCUUAAAGUAGGUGUUUUUGAGAGAAGACAUGUAGUAGGAGGGGCAGCGGUCACCGAAGAAAUAGUUCCUGGCUACAAAUUUUCAAGAGCGUCGUAUGUAUUAAGCUUACUACGACCUCGAAUAAUAAAAGAAUUGAAUUUAGAAAAACACGGACUCAAAGUUCAUCUAAGACAAACGGUCGCCUUUACUCCGAUACUGGAGGAUGGAGUAAACGGCAAACCACCGAGAUCACUUUGCCUUUAUCCAGAUGAAAAAAUGAAUGAAGAAGAGUUGAAGAAAUUUUCAAUGAAAGAUGCAAAGUCUUUAGCUGCCUAUGACAAAUAUAUACUGGACAUCGCAUCAGCAGUGUCGCCUCUCCUAGAAACGCCUCCUCCAAACUUGAAAGAUGGAUUUUGGAAAGCACUAAAAACGUCUAAACCUCUUCUGGAUACAGUAAGAAAACUUGACGAUGUUUCUUCAUUUUAUGAUUUUAUUACAUCUCCCAUUACAAAGACUCUCGAUAGAUGGUUUGAGACUGAUGUACUGAAAGCAACCCUGGCUACUGACGGCGUAAUUGGGGCCAUGGUAAGUCCCCAUACACCAGGAAGCAGUUAUGUUCUACUUCAUCAUAUGAUUGGGGAAGCGGAAGGAAUAAAAGGAGCAUGGGGGUUUGUUGAAGGGGGCAUGGGGGCUGUUUCAAACGCGAUCGCAGCUUCGGCAAAAGAACACGGAGUGGAUAUAUUUGUCGAUCAUGAGGUUCAAAAAAUUGACAUCAUCGACGGAAAUUGUGGCGGAAUCACUUUAUCUAAUGGAAAUAACGUGAAAAGCAACAUUGUUCUAUCCAACGCUACCCCUCAUGUUACCUUUCAAAAAUUACUAGCAGACGAUUUUGAUGCUUUACCAGAAGAAUACAGGAAACAAAUAACAAGUUUUGACUAUACUUCUCCAGUGACAAAGUUGAAUAUUGCUGUGGAUCGAAUUCCAAAUUUUUUAGCUCUACAAAGCAGCAAGCCAACUGAGGUGCCAAAUCAGUUGAAAGGAACGAUACAUUUGAAUUGCGAAGACAUUGGAUGCAUUAACGAUGCUUAUUUGGAUGCCAUGCAGGGCAGGUUUUCUAGAAGGCCUAUGAUUGAACUAUGUAUACCAUCAACUGUGGACACCACACUUGCACCGAAAGGCCAUCACGUUUUAUCUGUGUUUACUCAAUAUACACCUUAUUACUUGAAUGGAACACAAGAAUGGACGGACUCUGAUCGCGACGAUUAUCGUAAAAUAGUGUUCAAAAGUAUUGAAGAUUAUGCACCAGGUUUUAUCGAUAGCGUUGUUGGUUACGAAGUUCUGACGCCGAUGGAUUUAGAAAAUACGUUUGGAUUAACAGGAGGGAAUAUUUUCCACGGUGCAAUUGGUUUGGAUCAGCUUUUUCUAUCCCGACCAACCUCGUUCAUGGCAUCUCAGAGAACGCCCUUACAAGGAUUAUACAUAUGUGGAAGUGGAACACAUCCCGGCGGAGGAGUCAUGGGCGCAUGUGGUAGACUGGGAGCAAUGGCGGUUUUAUCUGAUCUCAAAUCGAAAAAAAUAUCAAAGAAUUUAUCGUAAAAUAACUGAACUGGGAAAUUCAGCUUUUCGAUUCUAGUAGCAUUUCAGGCGAUCAGUAUAGCAAAAAUUGAUUAUAUGGUGA